AUGGGUUCAUCAAAAGGACAUAUUGUUCUCAUUAUCAACUAUGGACCUAACCAAGUGGUUCUGUCUCCAAAUGAAACAUCUUACACGUUAAAUGAAGAUAGUCACGUCCCGGAUAUCACGUGUACAGCAGACUGUCAACCAGAUUGUAAUUUAAUGUGGAUAAGACCAAAUGGGCAAGUGGAUUCAAAUAACAUUUUAAGUUUGAAGGAGAUCCAGAAGAACCAAGCGGGGACAUAUCAAUGUAAUGCUAGUAAUGUCGUGAGCAAUAUGGUAUCCGCUGAUGUAACCAUCAGUGUUCUUUAUGGACCAGAAAAAGUAACACUUUCUCCAAAUACCACAGAAUACACCUUAAAUGAAGGAGAACAUGUUCCUAAUAUAAACUGCUCUGCGGAAUUCGGACCAUCUUCAGUUGUACUCUCUCCAAACAAAACGAAAUAUACAAUAAAGGAAAACGAAUCUUUACAACCUAGUAUUUCAUGCACUGCAACCUGUCAACCACAUUGUGUGGGAACAUGGACCAUACAUACCGGACAGCCUGAUAUACCUACAAAUUUCAGUGCGUCAUGCGACGCACCCGAUUCUGCAAAUUUGAAAUGGAUACCUUCAUUUGAUGGUGGAGAUACACAACAAUUCAAACUAUUUUAUGCAGUUCAAGAUAGACAAAUUAAUUUGAACAAAGAUGGACUUCAGUAUGCAGAUCUUGUCUUCAGUAAAUCUACAAUAGGCCCGAAAUUUGUUAUUCGUGGACUUGAAAACCGGACUAUUUAUGCAGAAGUUGACACUUCACAGAAAAUUGAACCGUUAACUGACAGUGAUGAAGACGAACCAAGUGACAAGAACACUAACAAUGAGGAAUCUGGCAUAUAA